UUCAGUAUCAUGGAUAUUUGUAAACUACUGGUGUUUGCACUCUCAAUUGUUGCAGUUGAAAAUCAGAGUACUAUCUCUAUAAGUACUCUCUCAGUAAGAGAACUGAGUGAGGUGGUUAGAGCCCACAAUACAGAAAUCAAGUUGAUGAAACAACAAAUUCUAAACCAACAGCAAUUAAUUGAGAGUUUGCAGAAACAAGUUGAAGCAGGGAGUGCAAAACCGAAAAUUCGACUUGUGAAUGGAAAUUCUUCAAGAGAAGGAAGGGUUGAGGUCUACAAGGAUGGAGUGUGGGGAACAGUGUGUGAUGAUAACUGGGACUUUAAUGAAGCCAAUGUAGUCUGUAAACAACUAUUCGGAUUAGUGGGAAUCCCGUAUAGCAGUGCAUACUUUGGACGUGGGACUGGUUUGAUACUGAUGGAUGAUGUCAGAUGUAGCGGAACAGAGAAUUCCCUACUGGAUUGCAGACAUACAAAUAAUUUAAAUCAGAACUGUGGUCACAGCCAAGAUGCAGGUGUUAUUUGUAUGAAAGCACCCCCUGUUCGACUUUCGAAACAAAAAGACUUUCAAGGAAGAGUGGAAGUUUAUAAGAACAAUAGAUGGGGGACAAUAUGUGACAGAAACUGGGAUUACAAGGACGCUAGCGUCAUUUGUAGAUCUCUGGGAUACAGCGAACAAGGACUAGUUGUCGCUAAAACAGUAUUUAGAGGAGGAAGUGGCACGAUUCAUUUAAAUAAUGUACAAUGUAGUGGCAAAGAAACUGGUUUGUCUGGCUGUUCAUAUUCAGAAACACACAGCUGCAGUCACUCUGAAGAUGCUGGUGCUAUAUGUAUUCUACCAAGUCAAUCCAUCAGAUUGCGUAACGGAAAGUCUGCAAAUGAAGGGAUUAUUGAGGUGUCGAUCAAUGGUGUGUGGGGAGCUGUGUGUGAUACAGCGUGGGAUAAUCAAAAUGCUAAAGUUGCCUGUCGAUCUCUAGGAUACUCUGGAGGUGUGGCUAUCACUUCAUCCGUGUUUGGAAAGGGGAAUACAAAAAUAUGGUUAGAUGGCAUUAAUUGUGGAGGACAUGAAAAUUCCUUGUUAGAGUGUACACAAUCAGUUGUGGGAUCAAGUACCUGCGAUGAUAGUCGAAAUGCCGCAGUUGUCUGUUAUAAUGUAGGAAACGAUAUUGUUAGAUUGGUAAAUGGUAGUUCUGAACAUGAAGGUCGAGUUGAGGUAUCGAUAGAUGGUCAAUGGAGAAGUGUUUGUAUAACAUCAAGGGACAAAAAUUACGCUGAUGUGACUUGCAGAAGUCUUGGCAACUCAGGGGGUUUUCCUGUAUCAUCGAAUUUAUUUGGAAAGGGCAGUGGAAAAGUGUGGUUGAAUAACAUUGCUUGUAGUGGAAACGAAGAUUCCUUGCUUUUAUGUUCGCAUUCAGUCAUUGAAUCCAGCAACUUUAACUGUACUAACAGUAGAGAGGUCGACAUCAUUUGUUACAAUAUAGAAAAUGAUUCAAUUAGAAUUGUAAAUGGUAGCUCUGUUGAAGAGGGUCGAGUUGAAGUGUUGAUUAAUGGCCAGUGGGGAAGUGUAUGUGAUAAUGGAUGGAGUAAAAGUGAUGCUGAUGUUACUUGUAAAAGUCUUGGAUAUGCAGGAGGUCUACCCGUUUCAUCCUCUGUCUUCGGAGAAGGCAGUGGCCAGGUAUGGUUAGACAGAGUAAAUUGCUAUGGAAACAAGAAGUUCCUUUUAGAGUGCUCACAAUCAGUGAUUGGAUCCAGCACUUGUCGUUUUGGUAAUACAGCUGGAGUGGUUUGUUACCACACAAGAAAUGAUUCAGUUAGAAUAGUAAAUGGAAGCACUGUUCAUGAGGGUCGAGUAGAGGUUCUGAUAAAUGGUCAAUGGAGAAGUAUAUGCGACAGAGGAUGGGGCAAAAGUGAUGCUCAAGUGACUUGCAGAAGUCUUGGAUAUUCAAGAGGUAUUCCUGCCGCGUCUUCUGCGUUUGGAGAGAGUCCUGCCCAGAUAUGGAUGUUUAACAGCAUUUACUGCAGAGGAUAUGAACAGUCUCUACUAGGCUGCACAAAAUCAGUAAUUGGGUCUAGCGUGUGUACUUCUGGUAGAAAUGCUGGAGUCGUUUGUUAUCAAACUAGAAAUGAUUCAGUAAGAAUUGUAAAUGGUAGUUCUGAGUACGAAGGUCGAGUUGAAGUUUUGAUAAAUGAACAGUGGAGGAGUAUUUGUGAUAAAGGGUGGGAUAAAAAUGAUGCUGAUGUGACUUGUAAAAGUAUUGGAUAUUCAGGAGGUCUCCCUGUUUCUUCAACUGUUUUUGGAGAGGGACCUGAAACAACAUGGAUGUUGUCCAGUGGAAAUUGUCAUGGAGGAGAACCUUCAUUAUUUGGAUGUAUUCAGUCAGUAAUUGGAUUUAACAGUUGCAGUAAUGGUGGACACGCUGGAGUGGUUUGUUACAACAGUGGAAAUGAUUCAGUCAGACUAGUUAAUGGUAGCUCUGCAGAUGAAGGCCGGGUCGAAGUUAUAAUAAAUGGUGAAUGGCAAAAUGUUUGUGACAGAGGAUGGGACAAAGACGCUGCUGAUGUGACUUGUAAAAGUUUCGGAUAUUCGGGAGGACUCCCGGUCUUAUCUUCUUUGUUUGGGGAAGGCGGUGGUGAAAUAUGGUUGAGUGGCAUAAAUUGUAACGGUAGGGAAGAUUCCUUGCUGAAGUGUCGAUAUGCUACAAUUGGAUCAAGCAGCUGUAGUGGUGGGGCUGCCGGAGUUGUUUGUUACCAUACAGAAAAUGAAUUAGUAAGGAUGGUGAGUGGUAUCUCUGUACAGGAAGGGCGAGUGGAGAUUUUCAUAAAUGGACAAUGGCGAAGUGUGUGCAACAAUCUGUGGGACACAAAUGAUGCUAAUGUGACCUGUAGAGGUCUGGGGUAUUCAGGAGGAAUCCCGGCUUUAUCAACUUCAUCCUCUGUGUUUGGGGAGACAAAAAGCCAAAUGGUUGUGAGCAACAUUAACUGUAAUGGAAAUGAAGAUUCUUUGAUCGAAUGUGUACGAUCCGUAAGUGGAUCCACCGUCUGUAACAAUAGAAGAAACGCAGGAGUCGUUUGUUACCACAGAGCAAAUGAUUCAGUAAGAAUUGUUAAUGGUAGUUCUGAGUACGAAGGUCGAGUUGAAGUUUUGAUAAAUGAACAGUGGAGGAGUAUUUGUGAUAACGGAUGGGAUAAAAAUGAUGCCGAUGUGACUUGUAAAAGUAUUGGAUAUUCAGGAGGUCUCCCAGUUUCUUCAGCUGUUUUCGGAGAAGGACCUGAAACAAUAUGGAUGUUAUCCAGUGGAAAUUGCCAAGGACAUGAACCUUCAUUAUUGGGAUGUAUUCAGUCAGUAAUUGGAUCUAAUAGUUGCAGUAAUGGUGGACACGCUGGAGUCGUUUGUUACCAUACUGGAAAUGAUUCAGUCAGAAUUGUUAAUGGUAGCUCUGUAGACGAAGGUCGGGUCGAGGUUUUGAUAAAUGGUGAAUGGCAGAAUGUCUGUGACAAAGGAUGGGACAAAGACGCUGCUGAUGUGACUUGUAAAAGUUUUGGAUAUUCGGGAGGACUACCGGUCUUAUCUUCUCUGUUUGGAGAAGGCGUCGGUGAAAUAUGGGUGAGUGGUAUAAAUUGUAACGGAAGGGAAGAUUCCUUGCUGAAGUGUCGACAAGCUACAAUUGGAUCAAGCCGCUGUAGUGGUGGGGCUGCCGGAGUUGUUUGCUACCAUACAGAAAAUGAAUUAGUAAGGAUGGUAAGUGGUAGCUCUGUACAUGAAGGUCGAGUGGAAGUUUUAAUCGAUGGACAAUGGCGAAGCGUGUGCAAUAAUGUGUGGGACAGAGAUGAUGCUAAUGUGACUUGUAGAGGACUAGGGUAUUCAGGAGGAAUCCCGGCUUUAUCAAGUUCAUCCUCUGUGUUUGGGGAGACAAAAGGCCAAAUGGUUGUGAGCAACAUUAACUGUAAUGGAAAUGAAGAUUCUUUGAUCAAAUGUGUACGAUCCAUAAGUAGAUCCACCGUCUGUAACAAUGGUAGACACGCAGGAGUCGUUUGUUACCACAGAGCAAAUGACAUAUUCAGAAUAGAAAAAGAAAAUUCUACUACGAAUUACACCUUAGUCAACCCAAGGGUGCUUAUUAAAGGUAUUUGGAUUGGAUUUUGUAAAGACAAGUGGGAUGAUAUGGAAGCAAGAGUCAUCUGCAGAGGUCUUGGCUACUCUGGCUAUGCUAGUUUGGUAAACCGUAGACGAGAUGGGAAUACAUUUGGCGAACUGUAUGUAAAAGGUUUUAAGUGUACUGGAGCGGAAAGAACAUUAGCUGGAUGUAAAUUUGGAUCCAUCGGUCUAGGAGAUUGUAGUAAGACUGGUUCUAUAGAAGUGGAAUGUGAUACUGAUGUGAGAACAUCCAAAUCAGACCACAUACUAGUAAAUUCUUCAUCUCUCAGAAGCCUUCUGCAAAUCAACAUUAUUUAUUCCUCCUUGUCUCUAGUACAUAUUCUCCAGGAAAUUUCGUUGGAAACUGGAUAA